AUGAAGGAAGACUACGAUAUUUCACAAAAGGUAGACGGAGUAAGCUUCAAUUGGAACCUAUUCCCCUCCACAAGACUUGAAGCAUCACAACUCCUGAGUCCGAUAGGAUGUCUUUAUUCUCCAUUGCAUAAAAGAGCCGAACAAUUUCAGGAAAUCCAACUUCUUGACAAACUUCCCUUGCGAUGUGAAUUAUGUGAAAACUUCAUUAAUCCUUACAUUAAGAUUGACAGGGCAAGUAGAAUGUGGGUUUGUCCAUACUGUGAAGAGAAAAGUUCUUUCCCAAGGGAUUACGAAUUACCCUUACCUGGAUCGGAUAUUGAACAAUGGCCCCUUGAAUUGAGACAAAGUUCUUCCACUAUUGAAUACAAAUUACCUUCAGAUGCAUCCAUAGCUUCUGACAAUUAUACACCUACUUAUUGGUUUAUCCUUGAUUCUUAUCAACAUGUCGACGAGCUUCAAAAUGAGAAGGAAGUAUCUUUCAAUAGCUUAAAAUCAAAUAUUUGUAAAGUCAUCGACAAAUUACCUGAAGGUACUUCAAUAGGUUUGAUCACCUAUGAUGAAUUUGUUUUUUGUCAUAAGAUCAAUAAAAGAGAUUCCAUUGCUAUAACAAAGAAGGAUAUUCAUCAAUUAGAUGCUGAAACAGGUAAAAUUGUCAAUGAAAAGAAAACUCGAUUAUUUGAAAACAAUUCUUCUUAUAAAGUCUUGAAGAAACUAGGUUGCACUCCAGGAUUGAGUAGAGACUCUACCUCCAGUCCCUUGGUGACCAAUCAGUAUUUAACUACGGUAACAAAUCAAAACAAGAGUCAGAUCAUGGAAUAUAUUCAAUCAUUGAAACCCAAACUUAUUAAUUCGUUCAAACCUCCAAGAUCAACAGGUCUUGCGUUGUACGUGAUUUCAUCUUUACUCAGUCAAGCAUCAUACAAAGGAUUUAUUGGUCAUGUCAGUUUAUUCUGUGGUGGCCCAUGUACGGAAUCACCUGGAAAUAUCAUUGAUAUAACGAAAACUUCAGCUUUAAGAGGACAUAAUGAUAUAGCUAACUUCGAAAUUCCUCAGUUUUUAUCUUCCCUGAAGUUCUACAAAACUUUAUCAUUGGUAGCUUCAGGGUUUUCCUUGGAGAAUGCUGCUUCAGUCUACAACAAAUCGUCUGGUAGAGAAACAGAUUAUCCUGUUGAUGGAAAUGCACCUAAAUGGACAUUUGAUUUAUUCAGUGGCUCACUUGACCAAGUUGGUAUUUAUGAAAUGAAAUCACUUUCGCUGCAUACUGUUGGAGGUAUUUACCUUUUUGAUUCUUUCAACAGUCCUCAAUUUACCAGUCAAUUAUUAGAUAAUUUUGAUUCAUCAAAGUUUCGUACUUUUAAUAAUAUUUUGACCGUGAAAACUUCGUCAAGACUUAAAGUCUCCAGACUUAUUGGGAAUGGACAUGCUUUACCUUCGUCAUAUCAGUCAGAGAAGCACUAUGAGCUACAUCAUCAAAAGAUUGCAGACCAUUUAUCUGUCUUUGAUUCUGGAUUGAAGAAAAAGAGUUUCACCAACCAGUGGUUGUUCAAUGUUCUUUCUACUGAAGAUACUUUAUCAAUAUUCUUUGAACCUGAAACUGCUAGUACAUCGUCUAGACUUGAAUCUGAAGGUGCUGAAGAUUACUAUAUCCAAUUCCAGCUCAAAUAUUGGGACCCAAAUGAAAAGCUUUGGAAACUCAGAAUCACCAAUAUCAACAGGAAGUCCACUCUUUAUUACCUCAAAUCGAAUAAAGUCAAAAUGACUGAUGGAUCUUAUAAGUUGGUGAACAGUAAAAGUAAAAUAAUCAAAGAGAAAGAGUUACUUUCAAGUUUUGAUCAAUCAACAUUCAUGAUCCUUCUAGCUAGAUUACUUCUCGAUAAGAUUGACACUACUUUAGGGUUUGAAAAGUUCGAUGACAUCAUAAAAGAUAUUGAUAGAACUGUAAUCAAAUUACUUUUCCAUUUCGGAGGGCUUUCAUUGAAUAUCAAAUCAGGGAGUGGUGCCAAUCCGUACUCAGGAUUACUUUCUGAUAUUGUUGAAAAGUAUGAAAUCAACAGGAACUUUACAGAUUUACCUUCAAUGGCUUAUAAUUUAAGAAAGAACCCUUUAUUGAUAAGAAUUUUCAAUUCUCUGCCUGAUGAAACGGCUUAUUACCAUCAUUGGUUCCAAAGAACAAACGACAUUUUGUCAAAAUCGAUCAUCCAGCCCAAACUUUUCCAAGUCAAUGAACAGAGUGCAAAAGAGGUUUCUUUGGAUUCACAGAAUGUUCAACAAUGUCCUCCUGGGUCAUUCUUGAUAAUGGAUUCGAUAUUCAGUAUCACCAUUUAUAGUAAUGGGGAGGAUUUGAAACUUCAUCAUUCCGACAAUCAAGGAUUGAUGUAUGAUAAUAAAGAAAUACUUAAGAUACCUUUUGAUUUUAUAGCCACUUUACCUCCCAGGCCGGUGUCUCCAAAAUUCAUCGUUACUCAAAAGAACCAUUCCCAAGCUAGAUUCUUAUUGGCAAGAUUGAAUCCUCUGGAAGAUACUUUGGAGCAAAACUUUGAAAAAUUGUCUGUCAGUAAUAAGGGUUUCUUUGGUCUAUUCAACAGAAACCCUAAACCUUACACCAAUUUAUUGACAGAUGAUAUAAGUCUUGAUAAUUAUUAUAAUGGUUUAAUUCAUGCGGUACAGAAUUAUAGAGUGACGGACGAACAACUUAUAUAG